CAUUGUUUGUUGAUUAAAAUUAAAUGCGAUAUUUUUUGGUAUUUUAUUUUAUUUACAACUUAAAAUCGAAUAAAUUUAACUAUUUUUAUUUGUUUCGCACAAUCUUUCGAAUAACGUAACAGCUGACUACACAGUUGUACACCGGACGAAAAGUGUAGUUUGACCGAAAAGGCCUCGUCGGAGACAAUACUGAUAUUUUGCUCUAAAAGAGUAAUUUGAAUACUUAGAGUCAAGAUGAGUGAUGAUGACCGAGAUAUUGAGUUGGAGACUGCAGAAAAGCGUGCACACCAUAAUGCAUUGGAACGCAAAAGACGUGACCAUAUUAAAGACAGCUUUACAAGUCUCAGAGAUUCAGUUCCAUCACUACAAGGCGAAAAAGUUGCUAGUCGUGCCCAGAUUUUAAAAAAAGCAGCUGAUUACAUACAAUUCAUGAGACGCAAAAAUGUUUCCCACCAACAAGACAUUGAUGAUCUCAAGCGGCAGAAUAAUAUUUUGGAAUCUCAGAUAAGGACGUUAGAAAGAGCUAAGGCUACUGGCAAUUAUGCUAUGGAGUCUAGUGAAUUAGCUUUAGAUGUAUCAGGAUCAGAAAAUUCUGAUGUAUCAGAUGGAGAACUUCAAAAAUCUAAAAGAAGACUAAAAAAACAAAAGUUUGGUUAUUAGAUUUAAAUGUCUACUAAUGUCUAAUUAUGUAUGUAUUUAUUAUGUAUGAGGUAGGUAAAUAUUUAAAUAGUAUCUUAUUUGGUACAAAUUUUAAAAUUAAAAUUUUAAGGAAAAUCAUGAGAUUAGGUUUGUUUGUUAUAUAUUUUUUAUAUGAAACAUCGUCUUAAAAAUAUUUACAGAUUAUUGUGAACAAAAUAAAAAAUUAUUAUUUAUAAAUUGAUUUGAUUGCCACAAUUAAUAUUGUGGUUUUACUUUAAUACACUUCAAAGAAAAUUGCUAAAUAAGAUGUACCUAUAUUUAAUAAAUUACCAAUAUGCACUGUACCUAAUGUAUAUUCUUAAUUUGACAAUACACUUAUUAUGAGUGUUGAAUAAAAUAAAAUUAAAACUGAAAUUGGAUUUGAAAUAUACACUUUCAGUUAUUAUUCGUUACUCAAAAUUUCAUAAUUUUCUACUAAAUUCAAUAUAGAUUUUUAGAUUAGGUAUGAAUUUAUUUCAUAUAAAUUGUUACUAUUUGCAUUGCAUGGUAAGUCAACCAAAUAUUUAAAAUAUAUUAUAAUAAUGCUUAAAUUUUAAUUUAUUAAAUAAAAUUGGUAUAAUUUUUGUUUUUGAUAAAUUAAAAUGUCUUUAUAAAUUGAUAAGUAGUUAGUUUCGUUAUUAUUUUUUAUACAUAAAAAGUUGCUAUUCAAUGUUUUCAAUUGUUUUGCAUACUUAUAAUUACAAAAUACUUGAACUGUAGAUUAAACAUUUUUUUGUCCAUUGUUAUUUUUAAUUAUAUCUAAGCUUUUAUAUUAUGUAUUAUAAUAUAAUAUAUUUUUAGGUUGUUAGUUAUUAUUUUUGUUUUAAAAUUGUAUCACAUUUAUGAUUACAUCAAUAUUUGAUAUUAACCUUGUACAAAUCAUAAAUCUAAAAUAUAAUUUUUAAGUAGUUGGUUCAAACUAAUGUUUUGAUGAAUAUAUUUCAUUUGACAAUUGUUAUAAAAUAUAAAAUAAACAUUCAAUAUAUUUAACGUAGCAUAAUAUAGUUUCAUAAAAUCAUAUUAUAUAAUGUCAUGUAGUAAUACCUUAAUAUUUAAAACAAUUGUAAUCACAUGCUAAAGCAGUAAAAUAUUGAUGAUACAUUUUAUA